UUUGUCACAAGUGUUAUAUGUAUGUAACUGUAAUUGUUUAAAAGUCUAAAGCUUUCCAGGAAGGGUAGCCUAUUUAAAAUGCUGGCAUGAUUUAUUAACGUGGCCUCAAUGAACUCAUUCGGUCUUAUUUUCUUCAGUCGGUCACUUUGUCAGUGGCUUCACACCUGCUGAAUGUUUUUCACGAUACUACGAACAAAUUACCAACAAAGCGUCGUGCAAUUAAAAACAAAACAUAGUGUUUUCAAACAUUUGCAUUUUAGAUGAUGGCACUUUUGCUGGAUCAGCAGUUUGCGCCGCUGCCCGACACCAACGAGAUCGCUACGAAAACAUUUCUAGAGUCUGUUUCUCAUCUGCCACCUUUUUUCGAUUGCCUUGGUUCAAAGGUUUUUGCACCAAUUAAGGCUGACAUAAAUGGAAACAUCACAAAAAUUAAAGCUGUCUAUGACUCCGAUCCAGUGAAGUAUGAGACUCUUCAACAGAUUCUGUUAAUCGAGAAAAGCACCUAUGGCUCAGAGUGGCCUAAAGUUGGAGCCACAUUGGCACUUAUGUGGUUAAAGAGAGGCCUGCGGUUCAUUCAGAUCUUACUGCAAAGUCUAGCAGAUGGGGAAAGAGAUGAGCAAAAUCCCAAUCUUAUUCGCAUGAAUAUCACUAAAGCCUAUGACCAAGCCCUCAAGAAGUACCACGGCUGGAUAGUCCAGAAGGUUUUCAAGGCUGCACUAUUCGCUGCACCAUGCCGGUCAGAUUUCCUCAAAGCUUUAUCCAAGGAUCAAGAAGUUGCAGAGGAGGACUGUUUAGCAAAAAUCUGUCAGUUCUUGAUAAACUUCACUACAACUGUAGAUGCCAUUUAUGAAAUGUAUUCCAUAAUGAAUGCUGAACUGGACUACUUAGUUUGAAACAUCCAACAAAAGGUCAGUUUCUGAAGCAAUCUUUAAGUCUGCACUGUUUUCAUGGGACGUUUAAGAGGGUCUUUAAAAAUAUGAUAUCACAGACUCAGUGAUGACUAAGAGCUUUUGUCCUUGUCAAUGUAGCUUUGAUUUUUCUAGUGUUUAGUGUGGAUAACGAUGCGCUGUUUCAUGAAGGAAUGAUGCUUUAUCUAGAUUGUUUAAAAAAAACUCUUAUUUUCAAAUAAGAAAUAAGGUUUAUGUUUUGCUGUAAAAACCCAGUAGUGUUUUUCUGAGUGUAAUAAUUAUUACACUUAUUCAGGAGUCCUCAAUUCUGAACCUCAAGAUCCACUUUCCUGUAGAGAUUAGCUCCAAUCUUCAAUACACCUCACCUAUCUGCAACUUUAUAGUAAUCCUGAAGACCCAAAGCCCUGGGCUGGACGAUAUGUCCAAAAUUAAUAUCACAAUAUAUUUCUGAAUUUCAGUCGAUACAAUAUAAUUCCAAUAUCGAUAUGAACACUAUUUAUCUGAAAUAGAAUCUUUUUUCUAACAUUAUAAAUGGCUCUAUCAUCACUUUUGACAAAUUUUAAGCAUCCUUGUUAAAUAAAAUCAUUAAUUUAUAUUCUAUUAAUCCCCCCCCCCCCC